GUAACGAGAUACAAGUCCUUGGUUUAAACAAUGAUUUCAAUUUGUAGAUUACCUCCUAACAAACCAGAUUGAAUCGUUCACACUGCAACUGGACGCUGAAAGUGCAAACAUAUAUAUAAACCCUGAGAAUUAUUUGAAGCCACUGCAGAUGGUACCUGGAGACGAUUUUGUGUUCAGUCCAUUGCAAUCAACUGCAUAUUUUUAUUUCAAUACGGUCCCACUUUGGAACACCUUCAUCGACGGAUACUGGGAAUCUAUGGAAUCAUCUGUGAGGCAGUUGGCCUACAGUGAAGGAGACCUGGAUAUCUACACGGGAGUAUCAGGUGUUGGCCUGUUGACAGACAGCAGUGGAAGAAAGGUCCCUAUGUUCUUGCACGCAACCACUAAUGAGCUAUAUUUGCCG